UGCGCCUUCGCCAGUCGCCGGUAUCGGGAGGCGCGAGCCGAGUCCUCAGACGGCCUGUAUCCGUGCUCCGUCGAUGGGCAGCCACAGUGAGGACUCGACCCUGCAAGUGAAAGGGAAGGCCGUCGCCCCCGAAGACCUAAAGAGCCGCUGUUCUGACCCGAGUUGUUGUCACUCCGAGCAGGCAGGCAGAUCCGGGGACAGCCCGCGCGCUCCAGGACCCCGGCGGCGGCGGCGGCGCGGCGCGGCGCGGCGGGAAGGGGAAAGUUUCAAAGCCGAGGUGGGGACUUGCCUACCGCCGCUCGGGCGAAAUGAAGCUGCACUGCGAGGUCGAGGUAGUCAGUCGACAUUUGCCGGCUCUGGGAAUGAGGAACCGGGGUAAGGGUGUCCGGGCGGUGUUGAGCCUCUGUCAGCAGACGCCCAGGAGUCAGCCUCGGGCUGGGGCUCGGGGCGAUCGAGGCGGCCCGCACCCCACCUGCCUGCUCAUCUCCACCCUGAAGGACAAGCGCGGGACCCGCUAUGAGCUAAAGGAGAACAUUGAGCAAUUCUUCACCAAAUUUAUGGAUGAGGGGAAAGCUACUGUUCGGUUAAAGGAGCCUCCUGUGGAUAUCUGUCUAAGUAAGGCCAAUUCCAGCAGUUUAAAGAGUUUCCUUUCAGCUGUGAGACUGGCUCAUAGAGGUUGUGAUAUUGAAGUACCACUUUCAACCUUCACACCAGUGAAGACUUCAGAAUUUGAAAAAUUUAAAACUAAAAUGGUUAUCACAUCCAAAAAGGACUAUCCUCUAAGCAAGAACUUCCCAUAUUCUCUGGAACAUCUUCAGACCUCUUAUUGUGGGCUUGUCCGAUUUGAUACGCGUAUGCUUUGCUUAAGAAACCUACGGAAAUUAGACUUGAGUCACAACCAUAUAAAAAAGCUUCCUGCUACAGUUGGAGACCUCAUCCAUCUUCAAGAACUUAACCUGAAUGACAAUCACUUGGAGUCAUUUAGUGUAGCCUUGUGUCAGUCUACACUCCAGACGUCACUUCGGAGUUUGGAUCUCAGCAAGAACAAAAUCAAGGCACUCCCUGUGCAGUUUUGCCAGCUCCGAGAACUUACAGAUUUGAAACUUGAUGAUAAUGAAUUGAUUCGAUUUCCUUUCAAGAUGGGACAGUUGACAAAACUGCGUUUUUUGUCAGCAGCUCGAAAUAAGCUUCCCUUUUUGCCUAGUGAAUUUAAAAAUUUAUCCCUUGAGUACUUGGAUCUUUUUGGAAAUACUUUUGAACAACCAGAAGUCCUUCCACUUAUAAUGCUUCAAACGCCAUUAACUUUAUUGGAAUCCUCUGCACAAGCCGUAUUAUGUAAUAGGAUUCCAUAUGGCUCUCAUAUCAUUCCUUUUCAUCUUUGCCAAGAUUUGGAUACUGCAAAAACCUGUGUUUGUGGAAGAUUCUGUCUAAACUCUUUUAUUCAGGGAACUACUACCAUGAAUCUACACUCUGUGGCUCACACUGUGGUCUUAGUAGAUAAUAUGGGCGGUACUGAAGCACCUGUUAUCUCUUACUUCUGUUCUCUAGCCUGUUAUGUAAAUUCUUGUGAUUUGUUAAAGUAAUAGGUGAUACCACAAAAAGAAAUUCCACUUAGUUACAGAUCAGUUUGGGUUUCAUUUAUGGUUUAACUGUGUCAAACUGGAGAAAGGGAAGCCUUUCAUAUACUUCAGGGGAAGAAGGUGUUACUCUAACAUUUUCAAUCAUUUGACCGUAAAACCUUAAUUUCAUUAAAACCUAUUUAAUUUUA